UUAGCUAGCCGAUGUUAGCCAGUUAGCCGGGAUGACACCCAAAGGAAUGGCGAGCAGCUGAGCAGUUUCUGCGAAAAUUAGACCGAGACACACGUUAACGUCUCUUUUAAAAGGACUUUUACAGCUCUCUAGUAAAUACGUGUCUUUUUCCAUCACAGCAGCGGAUGGCCCGGACAGCACUCUUCGUAGGACCUACAUAGAAAGAGGGACACCAAUCUGAACCUCUGAAUGAGUAAUGAACCUGAACCCCUUCUGGAGCAUGUCUGCCAAUACAAGUCGUAAGCAGAGGUCUGACAGCGAGGAGAAGGGUGGGCACGGUGAACAGAGAGCCAGCCCAGCCCGACUUCCUUUUGGCAAAAAGCAGCUUCCUCCCAUUCCUAAGAAUGCAGCCCCCAUUACCAAGCCUACGUCGACAGGCACCCCAGCCCAGUCAGCAAAUGGCACACACGCCUCCUAUGGCCCCUUUUACUUGGAGUACUCUCUGCUGGCUGAGUUCACACUAGUGAUUAAGCAGAAACUCCCUGGAAUUUAUGUCCAGCCAUCCUACAAAUCAGCACUAAUGUGGUUCGGGGUCAUAUUCAUCAGACAUGGCUUGUACCAAGAUGGAGUCUUCAAAUUCACAGUGUAUAUUCCAGAUAACUAUCCAGAUGGGGAGUGUCCUAAAUUAGUGUUUGACAUCCCAGUCUUCCAUCCUCUUGUUGACCCUGUGUCUGGAGAGCUUGAUGUCAGAAGAGCUUUCACCAAAUGGAGACGGAAUCACAACCACAUCUGGCAAGUCUUGAUGUACGCGCGUACUAUUUUCUACAAGAUCAAUACCACGGAACCACUGAACCCAGAGGCUGCUGUGCUAUAUGAAAAGGACGUGCAGUUGUUCAAAAGCAAAGUGGUGGAUAGUGUGAAACUAUGCAACAGUCAUCUUUUUGACCAGCCCAAGAUAGAUGAUCCCUACGCAAUAAGUUUUUCUCCGUGGAACCCAGCUGUUCAUGAGGAGGCAAAGGAGCGGAUGUUCACGUACAAAAGACGGCCUGAGGAUCACCACAAGGGAACGCAGGUGUCAGGUCUAUCUUGGGUGAAGCCGGGGUCAACACAGCCCUUCAGCAAAGACGACAGUCCUCCACAGAGCUGAACCUGCGCUGUCACUGCAGCAGCCACUAGAGGGAGGCACAUGCAUGGGAUGCCACGCCACUGGCUCGCCUCAGCUGUUUAUGUGAACUGGAUCCCUGAAACAGUUGGGAGAACUUUAUAUUAAAUCUCCACAUUAUUGCUCAGCUUUAAAAGCUUUGUAGGCGUCUCCUCAAACAGCUUUAGAGUAAGGAAACAAAGUUUGUAUCAUAUGUAAAUCGACGAUGACAAAUGGAUGUCCCAGCAACAUCAUUUAGGCUGUAAUGCAAUCAAAGAGCUUUCUCAUUUAGAUUUUCAGAUCCAUGCACAUGUUGGGCUCGGUGAUACAACAAACUGUCCCAAAAAGGAGCUGAAAAGUUUGAGUAAAGCAUUCACAUGGUAAGUAUGGUGGACAACAUGGUCUGUACCACUCGUUGAAGUUGGCUCAGGACUGUUUAUUUGUCAGACUUGGAAUGUUGUCAGUCACAGCUGUGUGAAUGAAACCUCCUAAAUGCCACCUCUCCCAUUACCCAAUUAGACAUAUGUUUUAUAUUUCUUAUCGGACAAUGAUUUCUUUUUAAUCCCACUGUGUAAACUAUUGUCUUAGUUUCUAAUAUAUAAGAAUAUAUAUAUAAAGCAGAGCAGGCAGGUAUGGUUUUAAAUGAGAUCUAAAUAAGUAAGCUCCUGUAUUUUAUUUUGUCUGAUUUUAAAUCAUUUUGAAUGUGUUAUGUACCUUUUUGGCUGUCGGUUAUUAAAGGUUUGAUGUGUAAAUAAUGGUUGCCGUGCUAAGCUUUGACUCUUAGAGACCUGUCUACAUUGAUGCUUGGAUUUAUUAUGUGGAUUUUUUUGGUUGUCUUUGCAAAUGUUACUUAAGCUUUCUUACAGAUCAUAUCAUCACAAGUCAAAUAAAUCACGGCAGGAUUCCCACAUAAGUCAGAAGGAAAAACAGAAAUGUAUUUUGAUAAGGUUUUGUUGUUAUAGAGUUUCUGAGCAGCACAAAACAGAUUAUUGUCCAGCUGCAAGAAUCCAUCUUUUCUGUUGUGCCAGAGAAAUGUCAUCAUCUUAGGAGGGCUCUGGCUUAGUUGUUAAUAAUGUUGAACAGCCACUUUCAAUAUGCAAAUAUUGUCAAACUAAGGAUUUUGGGGGGAAAAGGGUGGAUUUUUUAAUAAUGUGUGGGAACUCCAGAAGGACUACAGCCUUUUUAGAAGCAGAUAUGGUGCUGAAACCUGUUAGAUCUAUUUAUAGCUGCUGCGAAAGGCAAGGACGUAACAAAAUCUCAGUGUACUUCACACACUGACAUUUGGGCUGCUGGCAUUUUCAAACGUGUGAGUUUUAAUGUGUUCCAUACGGUACCAUUCAUGCUCCGGUUUGUGAAAGAUAUCGCUGCAUAGAUGGCGUGAGGUUUAAUGCUUUUCUCUGAAAUCAAUAAAACGAUCAAAAACUG